UUUCCCCGCGCCCGGACCCUCUACCUUGGUGCUCGGGGCCAGGACCCGCACCUCAGGCAUCCACUCCGCUGGCCGCCCCUCUGUCUGGGGGUGCUGGAUGAGUCUCCUUGCCAGGCCCCGGGUGGCUCCUCACCUCUCAAACGCGGGGCAGGCUGCAUGGAUCCCGAGGGGCCCUACAGCAAGGGUCCCACACGUGUCUCCCAAUGGAGCAGUUUCUUGGCCCACAGGAUGGGUGUGACACUGAGGGUUCCUGGGGGCAGAUUCAGGGCAUGGCACGGAGACAGACCGGUUGUGAGGGGCCCAGUGCAGGGGGCUGGCCAGGGACGCUGCACCAGGUGGUCAGAGUCCUUGCCCUGGCCAGGGCACAGGACGCUCACAGUACAGGCUGAGGGUCAGAGCCGCCUGAGACCCCCUGCUGAGAUUCUGUGCAAAGAGCCUCGUGCUUUGGGUGACUGUGAAGCCCCUCACCGAGGUGGUCCUACUCUGCAUCUGAGCGGUCCCACGACAAGAAGUGCUCACCCCAGAGGGUGUGUGCAGAGGGCCUGGGCUGACCUCAGGGCUCUGGGGGUGCCCCACAGGACUGGCUGCCAGGGGUGGGGUGUCAGUGAUGGCCCCCUGUCGAGCCAGAGUGACCCCCUACAACCUGUCUAGGGGUCCAGGGGCCAGAAGGCCAGGUUCUCCUGGAGGUCACAUCUUCCUUGGGCCUCAGUUUCCCCUUCUGUGACUCCAUACCCCCGAGGAGGGCCCUGUCAGGGAGGGCAGGGGGCACUGGUUAAUGUCAGGACACAGCUGUCCCAAUCAAGCCAAACCCCUGGAAUGCGCCGAGCUGGCCACACUGAGCAGGCUGGCCUCUGAGACGGAGGGACUCCCGAGAACACAGAGGCUCUGUGGAACCCAGGCCGUGGCCGUGGCAAGGAUACCCCAAGCCACAUAUGUGUGGCAGCCCUAUCCCCUCUGUGGGCCUCAGUUUCCCCUCCGUGCAAUGAUGGGAGUGACCAGCUGUUAUUGGAGGCUCCUUCCCUCCCUCUCUGUCCCCAGGGUGGGCCAGGCCUCAGGUCUGCAGGGGUGCUGCAGCUGCUCCUGUGGUCCAGGCCUCGGGGAGUGAGCCAAGUGCUGAGAGAAUGUCUUGCUUGUGCCUGCUCAGCCCAGAGGGACACGUGGCAUCCGCACCUGCUUCCCACUUGGCCACAAUUGUCCUUUGAGAGCAGAGCCAGGGGCUUCUUGGGGACAGGAAGCUGCUCUCAGAAGCCACAAGACUGGUGCGGGGCUGAGCGGCAGGAAGAGGCCGGCUGGCUGCCCUCGCCCAGAGCCUUUGUGAACGGCGGCCCGGGGCAGAGGUAGCUGGAGGUGGCGGUGUCUGUUUGGGCCUCAGGCGUUGGGGCAAGUCCCGCCCGGGUUUUACCUGAGUGUUCGCCUUUAUCCCGGUCUCCACCUGUGGGUGCCGCUGGACUCGUGAGUGUGCCUAGGUCCCGGUCGUAGCAGGCCAUGUCCCGCCUCCCUCCUUCCCUUCCCCUCCCAUCCAGUGCCCCGUGUGCCCUGCCUGGGUGGCUGGCCGUGGCUCUGACCGCUCCAUGUCCUGCAUGGUGGGCACGGGCGCUCCCACCUGUCCACAACUUUGCCGCUGCCCCGCACCCGGCUGUGCGUGCUUAUGCCCCGCUCAGCCUGCCUUUGUGUGAGUCAGACCGAGAGGCCCCUGGGAAGGUCCUGCCUGCAGCAAGUAGACCCCAUGUGUGCCCCUAACCCAGGCCCUGCCCUUGUGGGCGCUGCUUGGGAGCAAACACUCAGAACAGCUGCCUGAGCCCCACUCAGCUUGGGGCUUCUGAUUCCCAAAGGUGCUUCUCAGGUGCUCCUCGGGUCAGGGCUCUGCAGGCGGGGAGCACUAGGGGUGGGGUGAGGGCACUGUGGGGCCAGCUGCCUGUGGAUGGGGUCUGGUCACCCAGCGCCUGUCCCCUGCAGGAUCCCUGGCUCUGGGCCACCCGAUGAGGUUUAGGAAGUGGCAGGUCCCCUGUCCCCAGAGAGCCCCGUGGCUCCCAAAGCUUCCUAUGGGCACACCUCUGUAACUCUGUUUGCAGUGGCCUCUAUUAUGGGGACACGGAGCUCCUCCUUGUUCGAGGUUUUGUGUCCGGAUUAACCACAUGCCCUCCUGCUGGGUGAAUUCUGGAUGACCCUGUAUUCUGGGCAUAUGGCUCACAGGGUCCCCGGGGCUCUCCGGCCAGCCUCCCCUAUACCUUGGCCCCAACCAUCCUGGCCAAGGGUCAGCUCCCAGAGCCGUGUUGAGAGGGGAAGGGGCUGAUUCCACAGAUAUUUGGGGUGCAGUGGCUGUGAGAAGUGUGGGGGAGGGAAUGCCCCAGAUUUGGGGUGAGGGAGUCAGAAACAGGGCUGACCCCACUGUGGGUGCAGGAAGAGGCCAAGGUGUGGGAAGAGGCUGUGGCUGUCUGUACCUCCAGAGCCCCGUCCCCAAUCCAGAUGGGGGGCAAAUAUGGGGCUCCCUGGGCCCAUCUUGCUGACUUGUGGCCCUGCUGUGGCCCGCAGAGCAUGGAGUCCCCUCGUACCCCUGCGAGGACAGUGCUCUUUGAGCGGGAGAGGACGGGUCUGACCUACCGCGUGCCCUCGCUGCUCCCCGUGCCCCCCGGUCCCACCUUGCUGGCCUUUGUGGAGCAGCGGCUGAGCCCCGAUGAUGCCCAUGCCCACCGCCUGGUGCUGAGGAGGGGCACACUGGCCCAGGGCUCCGUGCAGUGGGGUGCCCUGCACAUGCUGGGGACGGCUGCCCUGGCGGAGCACCGGUCCAUGAACCCCUGCCCCGUGCACGACGCUGGAACGGGCACCGUCUUCCUCUUCUUCAUUGCGGUGCUGGGUCACACACCCGAGGCUGUGCAGAUCACCACGGGCAGGAACGCCGCGCGCCUCUGCUGUGUGACCAGCCAUGACGCAGGCCUCACGUGGGGCAGCGCCCGGGACCUCACCGAGGAGGCCAUCGGCAGUGCCGUGCAGGAUUGGGCCACAUUUGCAGUGGGCCCUGGCCACGGUGUGCAGCUGCCCUCAGGCCGCCUGCUGGUGCCCGCCUACACCUACCGCGUGGACCGUCGCGAGUGUUUUGGCAAGAUCUGCCGGACCAGCCCCCACUCCUUCGCCUUCUACAGUGAUGACCACGGCCGCACCUGGCGCUGCGGGGGCCUCGUGCCCAACCUGCGCUCAGGCGAGUGUCAGCUGGCGGCGGUGGACGGGGGGCAGGCCGGCAGCUUCCUCUACUGCAACGCCCGGAGCCCCCUGGGCAGCCGCGUGCAGGCGCUCAGCACCGACGAGGGCACCUCCUUCCUGCCCGCAGAGCACGUGGCCACCCUGCCUGAGACCGCCUGGGGCUGCCAGGGCAGCAUCGUGGGCUUCCUAGCCCCCACCCCCAGCAGGCCACAGGAUGACGGAUGGUCAGUGGGCCCCGGGAGCGCCCCCCACCCUCCACGCCUCCGUCCUGGAGUCCGUGAACCCCCUGAAGAGGCUGCUGGAGACCCCCGUGGAGGCCAGGUGCCUGGAGGGCUCUUCAGCCAUCCGCAGCCUCAGGGUGACGGCCCCAGGCCUGGGGUCAUUGGAGAUGUGGGGUCCUGGACCCUGGUGCCCCCACUGCCCUCCGCCACCGCGCCCCAGAACACCACGUGGCUGCUGUACUCCCACCCCGUGGGCCGCAGGGCUCGGCUGCACAUGGGCAUCCGCCUGAGCCGGUCCCCACUGGACCCGAAGAGCUGGACGGGGCCCUGGGUGGUCUAUGAGGGCCCCAGCGGCUACUCCGACCUGGCGUCCAUCGGGCCGGCUCCUGGCGGGGACCUGGUCUUUGCCUGCUUGUUUGAGAGCGGGACCAGGACCUCCUAUGAGGAGAUUUCCUUCUGCACAUUCUCCCUACAUGAUGUCCUAGAGAACGUGCCUGCUGGCCCCCAGCCGCCCACCCUUGGGGACAAGCCUCGGGGGCGCUGCUGGCCCUCCUGACAGGCCUCCUGGCUGUGCCCAUGCCCCUUGGGUGCCUGGGGAGGAGGGGUGGAAUAUGCUGGGGUGCCCCAGGAUGGAUGUGGGGGGUCCCGGGGAGAAAGGGUGGAAUACUGGGAGGAGGGGUGGAAUAUUCGGGGGUGCCCCAGAAUGGUUGUUGGGGGUCUUAGUGGAGGACCCUGUGGAUGAGGAACAAGUUGUUCCUUAGAGCUCUCAGGCAGGGGCUGCUCUUUAGGAAGGGGAACAGGGGCUGGGGGUGAGCAGGGCAGGGUGGGGGCAGGAGCUGGGCCCUGGGCGACACCCACAGCUCCCUUCAAGGCUGCCAGGGCUGGGGUGUAAGCUCAGGUGUCCCAGGGUGUGGCUGUUGGUCCAAAGCACUUGCUUUCUGGUUGCCUUCUGGCCAGAAAUAAACAGAUCGUGCUUGUGUCUGGGUAGACGUUUCUUUCCAUUCCUUGUCAAGUUCAAGCCCUGGGGAGGGUAGCUCUGCUCUAGCCCACCUCUCUAACCCCCACUACAAAAUCUCGCUGCCUUAGCAAAAUUCUGCUCCUAACUGUCCCGGAGCCGGCAGAGGGAGGGCAAGGGGGGGAAGCGGCGUCCACCGUCAGCCUCCUGUGUCUGUGAUUUGUCUGUGGUCUGCCGGGCUCUCUGAACUUCCUGCUGGAGGAGCAGGAGGCAGGGCCUCUCCCAGCAGAGCUGGACACCAGGAGGGGUCAUCUUCCAGGGUCAGCCUAGUGUCCCGCUCCCUUGAACCCACCCUGGAGGGGCUUGGGUUCCACUGGGGCUGUUUCCCCAGGGAAGUUCCUUUUCAUUCUUCUCCUUUUAAACUCUUCAUUUCUGGUGAUAAAAGCAACAUAUGUUCACUGUAGAAAAUCUGGAAAAUAAUCCUGGCGCCAUGGCUCA